UCACAGGCGCUUUUGCUUCCGGGUUCCUGUCCAAUCACAACACUCCAGUCGGCCGGAAGUUUGGAACGAAUUGUACGCGGGAAAUUGCUCAGCUCUGCAGCUGGACGGCAGUGGAGUGUCGGAUAUAGAAAAUGAAGGUGGUCACAUGUGAGAUUGCAUGGCACAACAAGGAGCCCGUCUACAGUCUGGACUUCCAGCAUAGCGCAGAUGGACGCGUCCAUCGGCUGGCCACAGCUGGAGUGGACACUACAGUCAGACUGUGGCGGGUGGACAGCGGUCCAGACGGUAAGGCGGUGGUGGAGUUUCUGUCUAAUCUGGCUAGACACACCAAGGCCGUCAACGUGGUGCGCUUCAGCCCCAACGGAGAGCUGCUCGCCUCCGGCGGAGAUGAUGCCGCAAUUCUGCUGUGGAAGCUCAAUGACUCAAAGGAGCCUGAGCAGGUGUCCAUGUUCCAGGAGGAUGAGGAUGCUCAGCUGAACAAGGAGAGCUGGUCCGUGGUCAAGACUUUAAGGGGACACAUAGAGGACGUGUAUGACAUGUGCUGGACGCAGGAUGGAAACUCCAUGGUGUCCGGCUCCGUGGAUAACACCGCUAUUAUGUGGGACAUCAACAAAGGACAGAAGCUUUGCACCCUGUAUGACCAUAAGAGCUACGUGCAAGGAGUGACCUGGGACCCUCUGGGGCAAUAUAUAGCCACUCUCAGCUGUGACAGAGUGAUGCGUGUGUACAGCACUCACACCAAAAAGAAAGCCUUUUGCAUCAGUAAGAUGAGCUCUGGGCCAGAAGGAGAGGUCAAGCCGUACAGAAUGUUCCACGAUGACGGCAUGAGGUCGUUUUUCCGUCGCCUUUCGUUCACACCCGAUGGGUCUUUCUUGUUGGCCCCAGCCGGCUGCGUGGAGGUUGGUGAGAACAUCAUAAAUACCACUUACAUCUUCUCCAGGAAGAGCCUCAAGAGGCCUAUUGCUCACUUGCCUUGUCCAGCUAAAGCCACGCUGGCUGUGCGCUGCUGCCCCGUCUACUUUGAGCUGAGGACCAAGACGAAAGAAGACGGUUCAGUGGAGGUUCUUCCCAACGUCUUCCAGUUGCCGUACCGCAUGGUGUUUGCUGUGGCGUCUGAGGACUCCAUCCUCCUGUACGACACGCAGCAGACCAUCCCUUUCGGCCUGGUGUCCAACAUCCAUUACCACACACUCAGCGAUCUUGCGUGGUCCCGCGACGGCUCCUUCCUGGCGGUGUCCUCCACAGACGGCUACUGCUCCUUCCUGUCCUUCUCUCCUGGCGAGUUGGGUACUCCCCUGAAGGAGCCCCCCACCCUGGAGGUCUUUGCACCCACCAGUGGUGUUGAGAAAAAGGGCAAAAAGUCCUCAGCGGCUAAGACCUCGUCUCCUUUGACCCAAGCACCCAGCUCCGUCCCGACCCCCACGUCCAACAGCGGCCUCGGCAAAGACGUCCCGUCCGUCACCACCCCUGAGGAGAAGAAGGGCACCCCGAGAGGAAGGUCUAAACCUCAGCCCCGUAGGAUCACCCUCAACACCCUGGAGGGCUGGGGGAAGCCCUCCGCCGCCAAAACCACGGCUCCUCCGGCAGCUCGGACACCUACAUCGGCACCAUCUACUCCCCAACCCUCCGCUCCCCAACCAUCUACUCCCCAACCCUCUAGUCCCCAACCCUGUACUCCGCAACACGGUGUCGCCACGCUCACCCCCACCAACUCCUCCAAAAUACAGCCACGCAUCGCCCCCCUCACUCCCUCCACACCAAAAGCCCUCAACGGUGCUAAUAGUGCUGGCUCCACCACUCCAAAGGGGCCGACCCCAAGGAGAGUAUCUCUGACUCCCAUCGCAUCCCGAUCUCCGGGUAUUGGUUCCCUCUUUCGCACUCCUUCCUCCACUGAGAAGGCCAAACACGAACGUCCGUCUCCCCCCUCCGACCCAGUGUGCCAGCCUCCGGAGUCCAAGCGGCCGAAGACCAGUGAUCCCCCAGUAAAGACCAGCGGCACACAGACCUAGUGUCCAGUCGGAGCGGCCGCGACAUCGGAGGAGAAGCCCCCAGUUACAGAAGCGUCUGUACUAAACCACUGAGGCUACUCGUGGAACAUGGCACCAUUGUGCAACGUCAUUGGGCAACGUUGUGUUAGUUGAUCAAUGAGGUCUGUGCUUCAUUGAACUAGAUGAAGCCGUGACCCCCCCCUCUCAUAAAGUAGUCGUUCUAAAAACAACCGCAUUGCAGCAAAGUGUUCUUGAAUUAGUACUUAUUUUAGCUUUGUGCGUUUUUGUAUCAUACAGUCAACAGAUAAUUGUAUUAUAUUUCAUUUGUUUUGUAUUUUGACGCUAAAGCGCUUUCAUACAAAAGGAGAGGGUUGUCUCACUUAUUUUCAAGAACAUUUGAUUGUGAAACUUACAGGUUGAAACCUGAGAGAAAAAACUCAAGCACCUCAAGGGUUAGUGCCUCGUGAGAGCGUUGAAUACUCAACCCGAGUCUUCAGUUGUUGCAGACAACACAGCCGGUUGAGUGCAAAGUUAAAAAUGGACUUUCUCCUUGUCUAAUAAAGAAUGUUUCAUACAGAGUGAGUGUUUUAAGUGGUUUGCAAAGAAUAACUACUGCAUGACACAUGUUUACAUAUUGACUCCCAAACAAAUACAUCCAGUAAAUUACCCUGGACAUGGGUAUUUGUUAUAAAAUAUAAUGUCCUCCGAGGUUAAUAAUCCCGCUAAAUUC